CUAUGGCAUAACUUGUUGCAAAAAGUUCCAAGACCAGUAACCGUCGAUUACAUAAUCAACGGGAUUAGAAACAUCUGUUGAAAAAUGGAAACCAAGCCAUCUUAGCUAGCUACCAAAGUUGUCCUAUGGAUACCCUCUCCUGACCAGUAGUGUUGUAGAGGCAGAGAGGAGGAUGCAUCAACACCCUGGGAAUAUGUUUGCAGUGCAAUCACUCAUAACACUUUUUUGAGUGAUAAAUUAGUAUUGUCUUUAAGAUUGAUAAGAAACAAUCAGUUACAAGGCAAAAAUACAGAUUGAGGCCUUCAAUCAAACUGAGGACAGAGAAAUAUUUGUGCACCAGACAGGCCAAGACUUCUUGCAUGCAUGACUUUGAGAUUACAUGCAUUCAACAAGCUUUGGACGAAGAACUUCCACAAAGCCGCCAUCUCCAAAGUUCACUCAAAAAGGCAAUAGUCCUGAACAGGAUACCCAGAGGACGCCUGUUGCUCUGUUUGUCCGACCACAUCCUGGAAAGUCUUCAUUUAGUACCGUACCUCACAAGCGGAUAAUCCAAGGAACGUGUGGCACUGCUAUUGCCUCAUUUUAACAUGAUAUGACCUGUCUGUGUCCAGCUACCACCUGUGUACUGGACAUGAGAGCACGGUGGUGAGUAAAAUGUGGUCCUAUAAGACCUCCUACAGGGACCGGAGGUCGUGUGGCGGAUGGCUACCCUGGAAGAUGUGUGUGGUCACUCUUUACAAAACAGCCUAUUGGAUUGAGUACAUGAAUGUCACCGAGGAGGUUAUGAGGUGCUGUGACGGCUAUGAACAAGUGGGCAGCUACUGUGCUUUACCUAUGAACAGAAGUGGAGAGUUCACUGCCAAACCAGGCUCCUGCCCCAAGGGUGUAGUGGACGCACCCAGGAAUACAGGGUGUGAAUGGGACUCAGACUGUCCAGGGUGGCAAAAGUGCUGCCAGAGAGAGGGACUCUCUUUUUGCACCAACCCUCAACAUACAGGCAAUAGAGGCUGUUGCUUCAACGUCACUGUGACAGUGAAGACAGAUUACCAGCAGCUGAUAUCCAUGGACGGGGGAAUCAUGAACCACACAAGGCUUUUGCACUCUGUGGUGACCGGAGCCCUGGACUCCCCUGACAUCUCUGUAUACUACAUCAGAUCCUGGCCUAUAGGGCCAUUCAGAACCGCUUCAUCUAUGCUGAUUGGUUCCCCUGAAACUCUGUCCUUGUCCAACAUGACCACAAAACUGCACCUUCUUCUCAAACACAUUGAAGAAGUCACCUCUGUGUCAGUUGAAGAUAUAGAUGAGUGUACCUAUGCCGCUCUCAGCAGCUGCUCACGUCAGGCAGACUGUGCCAACACAGAGGGCUCCUACAGCUGCACCUGUCAUCCUGGAUUCACUGAUCUGAACCCCAACAACACUGGGGUAGACUGCCAAGCUUCUGACCUUGUGACCUCAGCCCUGCCCAGUAAUGCCACUCAUAUGUUUUGGUGGGCCAAUGCAACAGAGUUGCCACCCAACAGCACCAGUUAUCAGUCAUGGGACUCCAGCUUUAUUGAUAACCCAGCAGCCGUAGCUACAACCACAGACAGGGGCAUGAUGCUGAGCUCCACCCAUAUGCCUGUUACCACACAUGACCUAGCUAUAGCCAGCUCCAACAGGUCUGAGACUAGACCAGCUCUCACAUCCUGGAGUAGUCCCACCUCACUGCAGUAUACCACUAACACCAACACUCCUACCCUGCCCCUCUCCACCUCUAUGCCCCAAACCAGCAUGGGACCUACUGUGGAGGACAUGUACCUGAGUGUAUCCUCACUAUCACCAUCCACAUGCCACCCAACCCCCACCACCAACUUGCAGGCCUCCAACGUUACUGGCUUCUCUUUCUGCCUGUCCUGGACUGGCCAAUCCCAGAGCGGGCUCAGCUUCCUCGUGGUGUUGAAGGAGGGGUCAGAGGUCAAGGGACGCUGGGAGACAAAGCUGUCAGUCUGGGAGGUGACAGGGCUGCAACCUGGGGUUCUCUACAACGUCACUGUCACUCCUUGUGCCUGUGGGAGCCAUUGGGCCAGCCUGCUGGUGCUGGUUAAGACUGCUGCACAGACACUUCGAGCAACCGUUCGCCUGACCAACCUGCAGUUCACUGAUGCCUUGCUGUACCCCACUAGCCAGGAGUAUCAGAAUCUCAGGCGUAGUUUUGAGGAAGAGAUCCUCCAGUCUCUCCCUCCUUAUAUCCUGGCCCUGGUGAACUCAGGAGAUGUGAGGGUUCAGAUCAGAGGCCUGACUCCUGGCAGUGUAGUAGUGAACUUCAUCAUCAUCUUCACACCCAGUCAGUCCCAGGACAUCCUGAAGGUGUCCUCUUCUCUGAUGCAGGCCCUACAGAACAGCUCCAGAUACACUGUUGACAGCAACAACACCCGUAUAGAUGAUGAUGAUGAGUGCAGUACAGGGGACAUGGACUGCUCCCCAUGGGCCCAGUGCACUAACACCUGGGGCUCCUACAGCUGUCUCUGUCUGGACGGAUUCACUGACUCCAACCCCUCCAGGCCAGGACGGAGCUGUUCAGCACCUUUGACCACAACCAUACCUACAAUGCCCAUCACGACACCUGUCCAGACGACCACAGCUCCAGCUACAAUCACAACCACAACCAACACUCUGGUUACAACCAACAAUACAGUUUCAACCACUACAACCUACCAUCUAACCUCAAUCACAUCCAACAAUAAAAGUACAACUAAAAUCAACACACAAGUUACAACCAACAAUGCCGUUAGAAUCAACAACACUGUUUCAACCGCUACUCCAAUUCUAAUCACAACCAUGACCCCAGUUACAACCACCACUGACGUUCCUACAGCAAUGACCACCACUGUGACCAGCGGUCUCAUCACAACGAGUCUGCAGCCUAAGACUCCUACAUCUCCGGCUAUUCUGGUUUCUUAUACGAGGGGCAUAUCUGUGGAGUGCAGGGCCAGCUAUAUCAUCGUGACAGUUGCGAAGGACUUCCUGGAGGCGAGGCACAUUGGGGACUCUUCCCUCUACCUGGGGAGACAGGAGUGUGGCGUGAACGAAGCGAACAGCAGCCAUGUGCAGCUGACGGUGGCUUGGGACCAGUGUAACACACAGCUCUUAUAUAAUAGCACUCAUUACACUGCUCAGACGACUCUGUUCAAUUCCAUGGAUCUCCAGAGCCUGCCCGACAGCAAAACGAGAGUUCCUACAGUACGACUGGAGGUCCCCAUCAUGUGUACCUUUGGGAGGAGCAUCCUCAUCUCUGCGGGUUAUGACCCCACAGGGUAUGACAUGAUUAAAGAUGUCGUCAUGGGCUCAGGGACUUUCCAUGUGACGGUUCAGCUCCUGAAUGGAAUGUCCCCUCUCCCUCAGAACUACAGCCUAUCUCCCGAGGAGGAAGUUGUGGUCGAGGUCAGCGUCAACUCCACAGUUGACCAGAUAAAAGUAGUCAUCAACAAGUGUUGGGCCACCCAGAGCAGCAACCCUUUGGAACCAACAAUUUACUUGUUUGUGGAAAACAGCUGUCCCCUCGUCAACACAUACACCACAGUCUUGGAGAACGGCAACUCCAGCAAGUCUCGCCUGUCCCUUCGCAUCUUCUCCUACGUCAACCUCAAUGUCAUCUACUUGCACUGCCAGAUUCAUAUCUGUAUUGAGACUGGCUCAGCUACCUGCCAGCCUGAUUGUAUUGAACGGACAGAAAGAUUCUCUAAUCUAAUCGGAACGGGAAAAGCAACCUGUGGACCAUUCCUUCGAUCACACAAAGUGUCCGUCAAAGAGAGUUCUGUUACUCUUCGUCUGGUAGGCUACAUCUUACUGGGAAUAGGACUGUUCCUCCUCUUCGUCGGGAGUCUCUCGUCCUUGUUCUUCUGCUACAGGAAGCGAAUUGGAACCUACAACUUCAGUCUUAAACCCAAGCAAGAGAACUUUACCUAUCAUGUUUUUGAUGCUUAGCACUGGAAUGCUUUUAGGGUAGUUUUAGAAAACUUAAAGAGAUAUUAAAGUUGGGAUUCAAGCUGCAAUGCCUGUUGUGUAGUAGUCAGUGUAAUGAAAGUGUCAAUAUACUGUAGAUAGUUUAAUUGAAAUAAAUAUAUAUUAUUCGAAAAUUGUAUCAAAAGCCACAGCUCAUUAUUCAUUUGAAUAACAUCAACGUCACUUCAAUUAUUUCAACAUUGAUACAUUUAAAUACGUACAUACCGUAUACAAGGCACCAUUUGCCAGAUUUGUAACAGUCUAGUUAAGAUCAGAUUUGUAUAGGAGAUUGUAUUUAUCAAAUAUAUAUAUAUAUAUACUACAAUCACUUUAUUUUAUUUUUAACAGAUGUUUUCCUAUAAAUGAGAAAAUCUACCGUUUUUAAUUAUGGAAAUUGCAUUUAUUUUAUCAGCAUAUCCUGAAGUCCUCUUAUUUCAAUAGCUAACACGUCCUGGAAUAUUGACCUGAUGAAAUGUGAAAUAUGUGAAUAAAAACCAUAGAAAUAAAAAGGAA